GGGCGCUCGUUUCAUCCAUUUUCACUAGACCAAACAAAAUGGCUGAAUAUACAGUCUUCAGCCUCUCACAGGUUGCUCAACACAAAUCAAAGAAAGAUUGCUGGCUUGUCAUCGAUGGCAGAGUACUGAACCUGACAAAGUUCCUGGAAGAACAUCCAGGAGGAGAAGAGGUGUUGAUGGAGUGUGCAGGGAAGGACGCCACCAAGGUAUUCAAUGAUAUCGGACACAGCAAAUCGGCUCAGAAGUUGCUCCUCAAGUACCAGGUUGGCGUUGUACAGGGUUACACCUUCAAAGGGGAUUCAGAUGUUUCAAUUGAAGAAACCAAGAGGAAUGAGAUGAGUGCUUUUGUGAUCAAGGAUGAUCACAUGCCUAAAUAUGCAACCCUUGUCAAGUUCUUCCUACCGCUCUUGCUUGCUGCUUCCUACUUCGCUUACACAUGGCUCAAUGCAGGUUUAUUGUUGGAAGCGUAGAUGGACACUCGAGUAAUUUAUAACAUG